CUGGAAAUCAAGGCGCGCUUCCUGAAGACAUGCAAUCAAUAGUGUACAGUUUUGAUGACGAACUCACUUCAACAGAUUCGAUAAAUGACGAAUUAUUGGUCAAAUUGGAUGAAUUGUUGUCUUCGGAAGUUAAAAAAAGAAUUUAUGCAUUACACAGAUUCGCAUUAUUAUUUCCAACUCUGAGCGGAGAUACAAAAACACAAUUACUUUCUAAGCUUCAGCAGCUUCUUUAUAAGGAAGAAGAGAAGGAUGUCAAGAACCUUGCUAUCAUACUAUUGGAAAAAUUAAUACUUGACCAGUCCAUAGAUCGUGGAAAAAUACUUGAUAAUCUAAUUAAUCAGUGUUGUAAAGAGCGAUCUAAUUCGACUGAAAUCAAAUGUCGGAUAUAUGAAUCAAUUCAUGACAUUUUAAAGAUUGAAAAUAUACAUUUCCAUCCUUCCUCAAUAAAUAUGUUGCAAUUACUUUGCGUGCAAGCAAGUAACGAUCUAACUGAUUUACAUUAUAGCAUCCGAUCAGUGUGUAUCGGUUUGCUAUCAACGUUACUACCCAAUAUUAAUAUGAUGGAAACGAAGGGUGGCCAAAGCAAUUUAAAUGCACUAGAUUUUCUGAAUGAAAUACAAAUUCAAAAGAUGAUUCAUCGUUUUGGAGAGGACCCCGAUCCAAGAGUUCGAACUGCUGCGAUCAGGGCAUUUCUUCAUCUACAUCAGCGUGGUUGUAAACUAGAUUUGUCAUUAUACAAUUUGUGUGUCACUUGCUUAACCGAUGACUCAGAAGAAGUUCGCUUUGAAGCGGUUUUAAGUACCAUUUAUCCUCAAGAAAUGAGAAAUUAUGUGUUGGAUGAUGGCACAAUCCAAAAUAUUCGAUUACUAGAUGAUGCCUUUACCAAAAUCUGCGAUAUGGUAAAUGACAGAUCUGUAAAGGUCAGAAGUAAGGCAUGUACUAUAAUGGGAAGUUAUCAUCAAGUUGAUGAAUCGAUUCUUCUUGAAACAUUAAGUCAAGAGAUUAUUACUCAUGGAAAGUCUUGGAAGCCUAUUACUGGCCACGGUAAAAGCAAAAAACCUAGGUUUAUUCCAACUCCUGAAGGUGAUUUAGAUGUAGAAUCAGCAGAAUUGCGUAUUUUGAAAUCCAGUGCUUGUGGUGCAUUUAUUCAUGGUUUAGAGGAUGCAUAUCAGGAUGUUCGUAAAGCGGCGAUUGAUUCGAUAUGUCAGCUAUGUAUGCAUAAUGAAAAAUUUUCGAAACGAUCAGUUGAAUUUCUUGUGGAUAUGUUUCAGGAUGAAAUUGAUUUCGUGCGAUUGAAUUCCAUCAAAAGUCUCCACAAGAUAGGCACACAAUAUCCCAUUGAGUUGGAUUCCGAGUUAUUGCAAAUUACACUUAGUGUGCUCAACGAUGGAGAUCCUAUGGUUCGGGAAUCGACACAUGGAAUGUUAGGAGUUGUGAAGCUAAAAUCACCUGAUUUAAUACCUAUUUUUAUUAAAUCAUUGUUAGCUAGUAUGGCUAGAUAUCCAGAAGAUCAAUUGUCAAUUUAUCAAUGCUUUGGACGUAUUGGAUCUACACAUGGCGAUUAUAUUGAGCGUUUUGUCCCAAAAUUCUUCAAAAUGGAAUCAAGUUAUAUCUCCAAAGAAAUCAACCAAAAUGCUCCUGAACAUGUUGGGCAUUUGAUUCUGGCAUUCAAUGCGUCAAUUUCAAAUCCCAAGAUAUUGUCUAUGCUGCCUGCAUACACCAGUCGGCAUUAUGAAUACCUUCGCAUCAAAUUUCCACAAUGUUUUCCAGAUGUUAAGUUUCCUGGAGAGACACCCAAACAAAGUGCUCAAUCUGCGAACAAUGAUGAUCACAUACAAUUAUUUAUGGAAAAUACAAUAAAAGCUGUUCUUGAAUUGGAACAUUUAUUCAGGGUUAGAGAUUUUAAGGCAGCAUUGCGUAGCAUUAAAUGUUGUAAAAGUAACUUGAAAUAUAUAUCGCAUGUACCCAUGUUUUCUGGCAAUGCUAAAUUCUUCCUAAAAUAUUUAGAAUGUAUAAAGGCCUUGAUCAAAAUUAAACAAAGUUAUAUGGGAGUGAAUUCUAUAAAUUCAGAGACAGAUACUGCAAUAAACUUGUUAACGCUUUCUUAUGUUAUGGAAUAUGGCUUUCUGGGACUUGAGAUGGCAUCUAUGAACCAACAGAUACUCCUGAAUUCCUUUAACAAACGUGUGGCAGAAGUGCAAAGACAAUUCGAGGGACACGAAUUUCUGAUAGAUGAAACGUGUCGUAUUCAAAAAAAACUCACUCAGGUCACGAUGGAGCCUACAAUCACUAACAUAACAUCUUUAUUUGAUUAUAUCUUGGAUUUCAAUAUUUUAGAAAUUGGCCUCAAUAAUGCAGUUAAAUGUUCCGAAGCUACGAUAAUACGACCAGUUUCUAAUCCCAAUCCAGCGCCUCCGAUAGACUUUCAAUCCCAGUUUCCUCUCACAAUUAAUGUUGAAGCGGAAGUGAACAACGUGGAUGAUACAAACACUUUAGCUGUUCAGAUAACCUUGCCGGAUCAAUCUAUUCAACAUUUUCGACCUUCACCAGCUGAUUUGGUAUUGACACAACCGAAUAGCUAUCAGUUAAAAACUCAAAUCGAUAUUUCUCAAAGCGCUUGGACAGGUCCGUCUUAUAUCCAGCUCAAGGUAGUUCGCGACUUUCAGCCUGAUAUUCCUGAUUUGGAUAAGCACAUCAUGCGGACAGAAAGUACAUUGGAUCUUUCAGAUUCAAUUGAAUUUUACAUAUGGCCGAAAGAUUCGUCUAAUUGG